AUGAGUGGUUCCCAUUGGAUGCUGGCGGAAAUGAGCGGGAAUCUGACAUGGAUAAAGCGAUCGCCACAGUCAGACCACUGCGCAAACUUGUUUUCGGUUCUUUCACCGACACUUAUAGUUGGCUAUUCUGAAGAGUAUGGUACUCCACUCGACUACAUUUUGUUUUCGACUGUUUUGUCGGUUACGCGUGAGUCGCCCACCAUCGUUGCACUUCACUACGAUGGCACGCGGAAGCUACUUCUUGUGGCGCCCAGCGCUGACGAUUGUGCGAAGUGGUUUCAAGCUAUGAGUGUAAUACCGAAGAGGGGGGUUCCAGAGGAAGUGUCUUUGAAUGUGCAGGCACUGAUAAUGGGGAAGUCGGCGCUAGCCUUGGGGUCCUCUGGUAUUUCUGCGGUUACCUCUUUAUCGACACCGCAUCAAUCCCGAUUCUCUGUUGCCGAUGUUCCCCCAAUAAGUCGUGGGACACCUGGUUUCAGCACUGUAGACACCAGUGUCGUGGAAUGUAUGAGUCGGCCACAGCAGGGCGUUGUCGAUGAAUGCGCGAAAUCUGCGCAUGGUGGCCCUAUUCCACCUCACACACCUCUAAUGCAUUGCGGCACUGGAGGGAUGUGGAGUGAGCCACUUUACAGCAAUGAGUUCUUUCGUCGACAGCGUUCUCAUUCAUUUGAAACCGCAGCGACGGCGGAAGAACAAGUUUCCCAUAGAGAUAAUUUUUACGAAGAACGGCAUGAUCCCCGAUACAUUCCACCAAUAGCAAUAGAUCGGAUGGACUCGGCCUGCCCAAGUAUGGGCUCAAGUACCAGGCACCCGAGCUCUCGGCGAGAUGGAGCUCACCCAGCACCGUUUUCAGUGUCUAAGACAAUUUCACUACCCCAUGUCGAAGCCAUUCUUGAAGACGAUGGUUUCGUGCACGACACUGAACACGCAAUCAGGCAGAAAUCAUUUUUUCCAUCUAGAGCAAUAUCGUGCCCCGUCGUUGAGGUGGACGAUGAGUGUGAUACUGAAGAAGGAGCGAGAUUUUCCGAAACAUCGCCCACCAUAGAUAGAAGGACUACAUUCUACAGUGACGAUGGUCUUAUUCGAAGUGGCCAUCGUUCGCCGCGGAGACUUAGCGUCUGUCCUCUGCCCACCGGCGCCGUUAGAAGGCGAUAUGGUGGGGAAGGCGAUAGAUAUGAUGAUUUUGCUCCUCCCCACGUUGUGACGCAAUCCGGGACAUUGUCGGCAAGACAUUUGAGGGCUGCGCCUUUCCCCUUUGGUGAUCCUGUUGACUGUGAGGCGGGCGUCCGUGGCUCGAAGGAGAAGGGGCGGUCGUCUCUCUUCCGAUACAGCGGUUUGCGCAGCAUUAGGGAGGCUCUUGAUGAACUUUUAUCUGCCGGGGUUGACGGUGAAGUGAAAAGCGAAUGUGGCGCCGUCGGCGGGGAGGAGCUUCAUGAGUGCCAUUCACCAGGGGAAGUAACGCCAAGCGCAGAAGAACCGGGGAAGACGCCGAAUGGUGUGCGGUCACCAACACUGGAAACUUCCCUCGAACAAAUGCCGGUACCAACGGAUGUGCAGCUGAGGCCCUGUCGCGAGGACGAUCCCGUUGCGAAGGUGCCGCGACGUAUGUCACUCUGCAAAACCAACGGUUUCGAGGAAGUUCCCCCGGAAGCAGCAGAUGUUGAUCCGAAGGUCGCAGAAAACCCUAAUUUACCGAGCGGCAGUUCCUCGUGCUCAUCCUCACUUUCACCAAGCACGAGCAGCUAUUGUCUUUUUGAGAAGAAAACCUGUGGGCCGAGAUGUGGACCGUUGAGCGCUUUGGAAUCUGUCGCGAGGCGCCGGGUGAGCGCAGCCCCGAAUGUUGCAGACAGCAACGGCUCACGCUCCACAAUACUUAGUAUCCGCCCCUCCACACGGGUGCUGACUGCUUCAUGUGAAACAACCCCCACACAUGCCAGGACGGACUGCGAUGACGGUGGCUUCACCUCAUCAGUUCGUUCUCCAUAA